CUAUUCUCCGAUCUCGCUUCUACUCAGCUAGUCGCCAUUGAUGAACGCAGAACUCCAUAACUGAAGUUCUCGAAGCUUCAUAGUUUCGCUCCCAAUUUACCGAUUCUGAAUCCCUGAUCUCUUCUCUCUCCCCUGUGGAGAGUUUCUGCUGCGAUUCUGGGAGAGGAUAACUGGACCUAACCAUUUUCAUGGAGGAUCAAGAAGGAAGACAUAGUUUUUGAUCUGAACAUUAUUAAAGAAGCGAGAGUGACAGCGAGAAGGAUCCACAAACGAUGCGUCGGGAGAUCUCGUUUCUGAUUCAGCCAAGAUGCCUCCUCCUCUUCGUCGUCCUGUCGAUUUUCCUCAUUUUCGCCUUCUCCAGUCCCAAACGAGAGGAGGUGGAGGAGAAAGUGGAAGAGGUUCCUGAAAUAACCCACAGAGUUUACCUGGAUGUAGAUAUUGAUGGACAACGGUUGGGUAGACUUGUGAUUGGAUUAUAUGGGAAGGUUGUACCUAAAACUGUUGAAAAUUUUAGGGCCUUGUGCACAGGGGAGAAAGGCAAAGGUGUUCAUGGAAAAAAACUUCACUAUAAGGGAAAACCACUUCAUCGUAUAAUAUCUGGUUUUGUGAUUCAAGGUGGAGACAUCAUUUAUGGUGAUGGGAGGGGAUAUGAAUCUAUUUAUGGUGGUACCUUUCCAGAUGAGAACUUCAGAAUAAAGCAUUCACAUGCUGGUACCAUUUCCAUGGUAAAUUCAGGACCCGAUUCCAAUGGCUCACAGUUUUUCAUCACCACAGUCAAGGCGAGCUGGUUGGAUGGAGAGCACGUUGUGUUCGGCAAGGUUAUUCAAGGUAUGGACACUGUUUUUGCCAUUGAAGGUGGAGCUGGAACCUACAGUGGAAAACCGAGGAAGAAGGUAAUUAUUGCUGACUCGGGGGAGAUUCCUAAGAGCAAGUGGGACGAGGAAAGUUAACAUAGCUAACAACUUUCAAGAUUUUUGGUUGAGUUCUAUGUUUUGGCUUCAGUUAUGUAUUUGAUCACGGCCUCUCGUUUCCUCUGUAACAUGUCCAUAAAUCUUAACAUUGUCCAUCAGCCUUGGGCUCUUUCUGGGAAUACGGUAGUCUGUGGGUGCUUUGUUUCGGCAACUAUUUUUUAUACGUUUAUGUCCUUUGUAAAGGUUUCGAAGGGCAUUAGUUUGUCUUGUUCUCGGCAAUUGCCAGCCAUGUAUAUCUUGCCCCAUUUUGGAUUGAGUUUGAAAGCAACUUACAGAUA